CGGAAUUUAAAUGUCUGCUGUUUUGACCUUUGACGUCUGGCAAUACUGGCAGUUUGGUUUGGGUUUGGCAGGAAUUGAUCAGUUUCUUGGCCUAACAAAUUAUUUCGUUUAUUUAAUUUCUCUAUUUCUGUGAUUAGUUUUGAGUAAACGUUUUAUUAUGGAUGAUCUAAAAGUGUGCCGGAUAUGUCUUCGGACCGAUAAGUUUGCGAAAUAUUACAGGUUGGAAGAGUUUUUCCUGAAGUGUUAUUAUGAAGAGAUUACUACCAUUCCGGUUACAAACAAUGAUGGUCUUCCUAAGUACUUCUGCUUUCAAUGCUCAGCAAUACUAAACAAAUACCAUUUUUUCAAAGAAAAAUGUUGCUUUGCGCAGAACACACUUAAACAGAUGGCGAGAACGGCACCACUUACUUACAAUAAAAUCUGCAAUAUGUAUUCAAGACAGAUGCCCAUUAUAAGGAGUGGUACCAUAGAGAUCUUAAAAAGUAACAAAAAUGUUAAGACUUACAAUUUUGAAUAUAAGGAACAAACACAUAGUUCAAAAACAAGAUCAAAACGUCUGAAGAAAGAGAGUGAUAGUGAAAGUGAUUGUUAUGAAAAUGAUGUAGAUUUUUAUCCUGAUAGCAACAGUUCAGAUGAUGAUGUGCCAAUAAAGGAACUCUCUUUAGACCUUAAAAAGGAUAAUAGUGGAGAAGUCGAUAUAUUUGAAGAGUUCAAUGAGAAAGUAGAAGAACCGGUUGUGCAGGAACCCCUAGAAAAAGAAGAAGUAAAAGAAACACAAGAAAUACCCAAAAUUCUAAAGAAUCUCUUAAGUAAACAGUCUAAACCUAAAAAAAGUACUUCCAAUAGGAAGAAGUCUUCUUCGAAAGUUGUCAAUGAUCCAGACAAAAAAUAUAAGUUCACAAAAGCAAAGGAUGGCAAACUGAAAGCACUACAGUUUCUUGAUUCCGGUUUCUGGAGGAAGCUUACCCUGUCUGAAGAGGAGGCAAUGAAAGAGUUUCAGGCUAAAGGACAGAAUGAGAAGUAUUUGCGUGCAGCUCAUAAAUGCACUGAUUGUCACAAGCCAUUCUCACAGAAAAAUAUGCUGGAUAGACACCUACUUAGAAAACAUGGAGAGUCCGUUGGCUCUCUCGUUUGUCGGUUCUGCAAGGUGCGAUUCAGACGAGCUUGCUUCCUCAGCAAACACAUGAAGCAGCAUCUAACUAAAUACGAAUGUCUUCGGUGCAACUUAGUAUGUAAUGUUGAAACAACUGCAUUAUUUCACGAAGAGUAUCAUAGCGGAGUGAUCAGGAAAUGCCCACACUGUGAUAAAGAAUUUAAACACUUAUCAACGUUCUACACGCACUUGCGGACGCAUCGCAGCAAGCACAUGUGUUCCCUUUGCGGUGAAUCGUUUGUUAGCCCAUUAGGACUGAGGCAACAUAAGAGACUGAAGCACGUUAUCGUACCGGAUAAUCAAGUGACAGACGCUGAAAACAACACAUACUGUGAAGUAUGCAAGAUAACAUUUGAGACUAAAGAAGCGUACACCAAGCAUUUGUUGCAUUCAGCUAUGCAUACAGACGAUUUCACACCCGGUGGUAAGGCGAUGGAUGCAACAUUAAGCGAAGAAAUGUUUGAGGAAGGAGAGGACAAAAUCGACGAUAAGGACAGUGACACCCCAAAACAACUAUACGAAAGAAAGUCUAAGGUGGAGAAGACACUAUCGGCGGUAAGAAAAAGCAAUUUACCCGCAGUCGCUGGUACGGGCUGGACAAAGAAACCUACCACUUGUCAACAUUGUGGAAAACAUUUCGCAUCACAAUCGGCGUGUCGGAAACACCACUUGGCGGAACAUUUGCGGGCGCCGUUCUAUACGGAGAAGGAUCGAGUUAUAUGCGAGAUUUGCGGCGCGUCGUUAGCGCCUGGCAGCGUAGCAGCGCACUUGAAUCAACACACUAGACGGAAGAUAUACACGUGCGAGACGUGCGGGAGAUCGUUCACGACUAACCAUGUACUCAGGAAUCAUAUGGCGACACACACCGGUGAAAGAAACUACGCUUGUAAUAUAUGCGGGAAAAGAUUCACACAGAACGGCAGCUUGAGUCUACAUUACCGCACUGUUCACCUAAAGCAACCUUAUAUUAGGGAUAGAAAAAAGAAGAUAGAUGACACAAACAUCGGAGCGUUCUUCAAUAAACAGGAGUUCUUGUAGAUAUCACCAAAAUGUAGUACAAAGAAAAAUAAUAAUACCGAUGUAGGAAUGUGUGAAUGUGAAUCUAUUUACAGUGAAUGUAAGAUAAAUAUAAUUUUAAAGAAUUAUAGCUGAAAUAUUAUAAUAGCCGCAAGAAAAUCAACUGCGUACGUGAAAAUGUGUUCCUUUUUUGAUUGGCUAUUGAGAAGAACUUUAAUAUUAUAGAUGUGAAACUUUUUACCGGUACCCAUGGUUUAUUUCUCCAGUGAUUUUUAAAUAUUAUACCGUUACCAAAUAUUGGUGCACUCUAUAAAUUUUGCCAAAAUUUCAACCCAGUGUCAACUUUUGUUUAUUAUUUUUUAAUAAACUC